AUGGUUUACGAAGCACCUCAUCUGAAGAUCAAGGAAGGUGACAUCAAGUCUGUUGUCUGCGCUGUCGGUGAUCCUGCCCGUGCUGAACUUAUUGCCACCAAGUACUGUGAUUCCUAUAAGGAGCUUGCUUACAAUCGUGAGUAUCGCACAUUCAAUGUGACGUAUCAAGGUGCUGAAUUCAGCGUUGCCUCUCACGGUGUUGGUGGACCCGGUGCUGCUAUCUGCUUCGAGGAGCUUAUCAAAUGUGGUGCCAAGGUUAUCUUGAGACUUGGUACUUGCGGCUCCCUCAAGCCGGAGACGAUUGAUCAGGGUGAUCUUAUCGUCACCACUGGCUCUGGUGCUGAGGAUGGUGUUUCUGAGUAUCUCGUUCCCAAAGGCUUCCCUGCUGUUGCUGAUCCUACCUUAUGCAUUGCUAUGCGUGAUACCGCCAAGUCCCUCGGAUAUGAUAGGGUCUUCUUCGGUAUUACUGUAGCUCAGUCGGUGUUCUAUCCUAGUCCUGCUCGUGAGCAGAGUCUCGCUUCCUAUGCUGCUGCCGGUGCUAUCGGUGCCGAGAUGGAGAACUCCGCUCUAUUCAACGUUGCUUCAAUCAGAGGUAUUCGUGCUGCUGCCAUUUGCACAGUUGAUGGAAGCCCAUUGAAGUGGGAUGAGGGUGACUACGAUCCGCAUGGCACUAAGGUCGCUGAGGGUAAAGAUCGUAUGCUCAGGACCGUUGUUACUGUGCUAAGAGAAUGUUCUGAGAAACCUUUAGAAAGGUUGUUAAUCCUCAUCAUUCAUAACUACCAUCUGAUAUUAAAUGAGUAUUAA